UAGGAAAGGAAUAACUAAAAAAAGUAAUUGGACAUCUAUUUUAUUUAUCAUUAAAAAUUAAAACCAUAAACCUUGUUUCUGCCGUCAAUCUUUGCCUGAUAGUCCCCUAAGUUCCGGCGGAGAUGUACAACGGAAUCGGGUUACAGACAGCCCGGGGCUCCGGGACGAACGGUUGCGUCCAGAAGAAUAAUUUUUCUGUGAGAGCGAAGACCAGUAAGGUCGCCGUGGACGCCGGAGGUAAAGGAUUUGGGGAGAAUCGAGGAACCGCCGGAGUGACCCGCAAGGCUAACAAAGAGAUCCUGGAGCACGACCGGAAACGUCAGAUCCAACUUAAGCUCAUCGUCCUGGAGGAGACGCUCUCCGAGCAGGGCUACUCGGAUGCUGAGAUCGCUGAAAAAUUGGAGCAGACUCGACAAACUUUAGAGGAUUUUGACUCUAAGAAGUAACAAUAUUGUCCUUACUAAUCUUUCAUUCAUAAUAGUUCGUAUAAUUAAUCAUUUAAGAGCUGUUUUGUAGCUAUUUGGGUAUAUAUGAGUGUAUAGAUAGGUGUUGGUAAUGGAUUGUUGGAGCAAUUCAAAUUUACUACUUUCAAGAGUUCGAAAUUUGUUCUUGAAGCUCAUGAUUAGUAAGGCUGAAAAACAUUAAUGCUGCUUAUGCCUCAUAUUUUGUUCUUGUGCCUUUUCAUCAAUUAAAUUUCUGGAGUAGUUCCAAAUUUCCUA